GUCUUCCCCAACGUGUAGAAGCCCCCGGUAACCUGUGCGCUGUCAGAGCUCCGUAGCUUUAGCUAGCUAACUGAGGCAAGGAAAAAAAAAAAACAAUAAACAAAACAAAAGCACGCUAUUUUUUAUUUGUAGGUUUGAAUUAUGGAUAAGAAUGCGACGCGAUACAACGUACAGCUUUACAUUUACGACCUUUCGAGGGGGAUGGCUCGGAGCCUCAGUCCCAUCAUGUUAGGAAAGCAGCUGGAUGGUAUAUGGCACACAGCUAUAGUGGCAUAUGGUGAUGAGUUCUUCUUCGGAGGGGAGGGGAUCUCCAGCUGUUCACCGGGUGGGACUAUGCUGGGGCCUCCGGACACGGUGGUGGAGCUAGGUGAGACUGAAGUGUCCGAGGAGAUCUUCAUGGAAUACCUCUCUUCCCUGGGAGAAAGCACAUACAGAGGUGACAGGUAUCGUCUGUUUGAGCACAACUGCAACACUUUCACCAACGAGGUGGCUCAGUUCCUGACGGGCCGGCCCAUCCCCUCCUACAUCACUGACCUUCCAUCUGAAGUCCUCUCCACACCGUUCGGCCAGAUACUGCGACCCAUUCUGGACUCUAUUCACAUCGCCCCUCCGGGAGGCAACGUCAUCAACGGGGGAAGAAACAUCUAAUGUGAGAUAGCAGCAGAGUGUUCUCCAGGUCACUUCCAUUGUAGUCAGUCAGUGACAAGUCGUAAAACUAAUUUUCUUUCUUUCUGUAUAUAAACUACUGACUAGAAAUUAAUGGCUUAUGACGUACGGAGGAGAGGGGAAAUCACUGCCCAUCUCGAGGUAGUCACUGGACAUCAAAUUAUACCUGGUUGUUUAACUUUUUCAGAAAAUAACAGAGUAUAUUUAAUCAAGAAUUAUGCAGAACAGAUUUGAGAAACUGCAAUAUUAUUUACAUUUUGAAGAAUCUAAUACUACUAUACAGUACAUACUUUACAGUAUAUCUGAUUGCUGUAAUAAAGCCACCUACAACAUUAAAAUACCUCUUGCACAUUUAGUGCGUCAAGCUGACUGAGCACUUUUGUACUGAGGUACAGAAUGCUCCUCGAAUGUUAAGUUAAAAGUUAAGUUUUUCCCACAUUUUGCUGUUUAUUUGAUAUUCUAGUUUCACCACUAACAUCUUUCCUCACAUAUCAGUGAAUUCAUCAUAUGCUGUUCUGAGAAUCAUCUGCUGCUGACUACAGUGGAUUUAAUCUGAGUGCACACUUUGAUGUCGAUAUGUUAAGUAUCGGAUGCAGAAAGCAACAAGAGGAUGGCUGAUUCUUGGAGGGUCUUUUAAUGUCAAUUACAUUUUGAUUUUGCACUUUUUGUUUCGUUUUUUGUUAUUUUGUAGCUUCUAGAUCAUUUUUCCAUCAACAAUUCUUUUUGUACCUUUAAUCUUUGUCUCUACUGUUUGUGUUUAAUUCAUUGUGGUCGCCUACUUAUAUUAUAAUUCCAUUUUGUCACAAAGCGUAUGACGUGAUAUACAGCAGGUGAUUGAUGCCUAACUCGCACAGAGGUUUUUAAGAUUGGAGGUGACACAGGACUUGUUCUUGCUUGUGUACCUCUAUAGCAGGACUGGGAUCAGUUCACUGUAAAUUCUCUGUAUAUGCAAGCGAACCCCCGGCCGUCGUUAGUUAAAUAGCAGAGAUGAUUACAAAAUCAAGCAGGGCAGGCUGAAAUAGAGGGCGCACAGCUCCAUGGUGCUGCCAAAUAACCUCCCACACAAUUUUCUGAAAACAAACAAAAACACAGUAUUUAAUUUUUAUUUUUUUUUGUUAUUUCUGAUUCAACCGAAUAUGUUUUACCAGAUUGUGCUUUUUUGGUAUUAAAUCUACUCUUGCAUAAUUGAAAGUGAACCGCACCGCAGUCCUGUUAUAUGACAGAUAAGUUGUCAUAGGUGCCUCCUCAUGUGUGUUACCAGCUCCAGAGGGGAGAUGCCGAUCAUAGAUACAUUUUUAUAUAUAGAUAUAUUUUUAAGACUACAUGUGUUCCAGAUGCCAUAUGAAAAAUUCUAACCAGUACCACAUUCACGGAUUUAUUUCAAGAUAAAGGUGACCACAUGCACAUGUACUUUUAACCGAAUAACAACAAGCUUGAGUCCUUUAAGAGCCACCAGAGUGUGUUUGAAAUACAAUACACCUCUGUGCCUUCAUUUCCCUCCGCAGUCACACCGUUGGGAGUUGGCAUGGUUAUCAUAUAGCACAUAUGGUAGCCUCCCAUGCAGCCUGCAUUAAGAAUCUGACACCUUUAUUUAUAAACCUUGAAAUACACAAACUAGGUGAAAGGAGUUCAGAGUAGGAUGGAGCUUUCAACAAUAUUCAUACAAGAUGUGGUGCACACCGUGUAUUAAAUGUAAAAUAUUUCAGAUUUAACAACAUCUGGAUCCAGCAAGUCGCACAGCCUAUAAUCUUGGUGCAUCAUACGCUGCACUCUGCCAUCAGUAAGAACACAUAGCUGUCUAAUUUUAUCAUAGCGCAGUAGAUCACGCGUUUUAGGAUUUAUCAGACUCACAAACCACGCUGAACCUCACAAGCCUUUUCCUGCUUAAACAGCGUGACUGACGAUAGAAGCAUAGAAAAAAAAGAUCUAAAACAAAUGUGACUAAACCAGCAUUAACUCAUUGUUUUCUCUGACUUUGGUCAAACCCAAGCGCAAACUUGGAUCGGUGCGCUUUUCAAUUCUUUCUUUUCUCGAGGUUAGCCUGAUCUUUUGUGAGCAUUUGGCUACUUUUAGAGGAUAAUAAAUCGAGAUCAAUCCCCUUCAAGAGGCUAGAAAGCUCAGGUGAGUCUGGGUUCUGUGAUUUUGCCUUCUGCUAACCAACUAACUGACAUGCUUACCUGACUGCUGAAAUGUAUUACUGCACAUGUUCCCCUUUGUUGCUCUGAUGUACGUUGUUGCUGACUGCUACUUGUAAUGUGAAAAUAUUUGCAUCAGAUAUUUAUGGAUAUUAUUUCCCAAUUUAAGUAAUAUAAUAUAUGGUAGAUAUAUUUAUGAAUAUUGUUUGUAUCAUUUGUGUAAUUGUUUUUUUUUGUAAUUCUACCAAUACAUAAAGCCAUUGACUGCAAA